AUGUUGUCCAAGAGACACCCAAAGAGGAGAGGUCAGCCGAUUAGAUCGCAAAUGUUCAACUUGGGUGGAGUAGAGCCUUUGCAGCUUUGGUUUUAUCCAGAGGGUACUGCCAACUCUAUUGACGGUUACUGCUCACUAAAGUUGGUUUCACCACCGGGAUGGUGUCUUCCCUAUAGGAUUUACAUGUUUGUAUUUAGUGAAUACAACAGAGUAGUUAUUGGUCCAAUGUACAGGGAGUCACCAGAUUACGUUUCCUCCUCACUAAAUACCUGCAGACUGGUUAGCAAGGAAAAUAAAAGUUUGCUCGAAAACGCCGAGAAUGAUAGUGACUAUGUAAUUCUCGGUCCCUCUGGAAACGUUUACGUUGGUGUUGGAAUAGUCGAUGAGCCAGUUAGAGAAAAGAGCCAAGAUUACGAGUUUAAAUAUGACUGGGACGAAGGUGAUUAUGAUUUUAACCAGUGGCUCAAGAAACAGACGGGAGAUCCAGAUGAUGAAUUUACCGAGAAGAAUGUCAAAAAGACGUAA